UUCAUGUCUGCUAAGAAAAUAACAUCUCCGCAAACUAAUAGAUGUCACCCCACCAGCAGAGGCCAUGAUAUUAAAACCAUUUAAAAAUUAGAAUUUUUUACAAGUACAAAUGCCAAAAUAAAUAAGGUAUUCAAGUAUAAGGGUUAUUAGUUAUCAGAGCAGUAAACAUCAGUUAACUUCUGUUACAGAACAAAUACAAGUGAACUGCUUGACAAAUAAGGUCUCUUUAAAAAAUGGUCAAAAUAAUGAUAGAGAAAAAAUAAUUAAUUAAUUACUACAGGAGAACCUAAAAUUGAAGGAAUAGAAUGAUCAGAAAAAUAAAUUAAUAGAGAUGUUGAUUGAUGAAAGAACAGAUAUAAAAAGAGUUACAAGUCUUCAUAUUCCUCAUAUUCCUCAUGAAAGAGAUAUUUAACAGUCAAAAACAAAUUUUAGACUAUAAAGUCCAAAUCAUAUGGAAUUUACAUUUUAUAAAAGUCCUAGUAGAGGGUUACCCAAAGAAUUCUAAAUAACUCCUUCUCGGAAAAUGUUUUUUUGA